AUGGCACGCAAAUCGACUAAGCAGCCUACACCAGAGUCUGAGGACAGUUCGUCCAGCAGAUCGACUUCCCCCGAGCCCAUGGAGGGAGUGGAGGAAACGAAGCGCGAAGCGGAAGAGUCGUCGAGCUCGGGAUCAGAGGAAGAAGGAUCGGGAUCGAGUGGCUCCAGUGAAAGUGAGAGUGAGAGCUCAGAGGAGGACAAUGGAAAGAAAGACUCGAAGCCUGCCAAGAAGUCUUCUGUCGCUUUCCCCGCGCCAGCUUUCAAACCGCCAACCGGAUUCAAAUCUGUGAAGAAGCAGUCUGCUCCAUCGUCGAAUACCUCCUCUAUCCUCUCCAACCUCCGCGGCAAACAAGUUCUCCACAUCACGGCCCCCGCAUUUCUCCCCCUCUCGAAAGUCAAGGAGGUCUCGUUGGCCAAGGUUAUGCAGGGUGAACCAGUGCUGAAGCACAACGGUGUGAACUACGGCAUCCCCGCGGAAAAUCUGGGCCAAGCAGAUGGCGGCAAGAAGCUUCUUCUCUACGACUCAAAGACCCAAACCUACUACAAUGCCCCGGCCGGCGAUGUACAGAGCUACCAUGUGCAGGAGUUGAUCAGUCUCCCGGAAACACUUCGAAAUGAAGACAAACCACUGUCAGCAGAAGACUACGCCAAGCCCCCGAGGAAACAGCCCAAGCAUCUGAAGAUGCGCUUCCGACCUGUGGGAAGUGGACAGGGCCCAGUAGAGACACUUGGCUCUAGCUCGGAGGAAUCAGAAGCAGAGGAACCCACGUUCAAGGUCCCUAAAGGAUCCAGCAAGGAGAAAGACGAGCGGAAGCGGAAGCACCAGGAGGGAGACGGGAAUCAACCAGCUGCGCUGCCCCGGAAGAAGUCCAAGAAGCAAACAUCGUCCCAGGAGGAGGUGGAUGAAAAGAAGUCCAAGAAAUCGAGCAAAAGCCGGGAUGAGAAGAAACGAAAGAAGGCAGAAAAGGCCUGA